UAAGUCCUGUAGGGGGCACACUUCCCCCGCAGUGCUGCAACCACAAGAACAAUUUUCCCGCGAAGAAGAAGCUCCACUAAACCCGGAAGAGUAACACUGAUCGUUCAGGGAGGAGUGUCUGUCUGGGAAGAAUGCCUUUUCAUUUCUGCCCCCAGUGUGGGUCAAAGUUGCAGCCUGAUUUUAGAUUUUGUCCAUCAUGUGGAGAGAAGCUUCCCUCUCCUGGUGAACCUGGACCUGUGAGCUCAACAGAAUUUUUAAGUAACUCUCCAUCCAAAUGGAGUGAAGCAGCGGCAUCAUCAGUAGUGAAAUCGAGCCUUGCUUCAAGCACUAGUUGUGCAGCUACAAAAGGCAUUGCUGGUAGUCUGUCAACUACAGUUUCACCUCGUCCUGCGCUGCAAAAGACCCGAAACUCAUUACGUCUGGACAAGGAAGUAUCAUAUACCUUCAAAGAUGUCUCUUCACCCUUGGUGCCCUCCACUAACCCUGCCACAGACGACAGCAUUGAAGGUAAUGGUGUUGGAUUGUUUAGAACUCCUACAAAGCAGCACACAGUCACUUUUAAACUCAGUGCAGAGGUUGAGCCAACUUUACAGCCGGACUCUUCUCCUGUUGGGAAGUCCCCUCGAUCUCUCAGAGGAAAGGCAAAACUCUCCAGCCCUGCAGCGAAGCGGGUGGAAGGUGUAACUGGAAGUAAAGCAGUAGAAAUAACAGUCGACGGCUGUCCUGGGACUGUGUCACCAACAAACUCCAGGUCUCCUUCAAAAGCGGCUGGUAAAAGCAAAGCCAAGAAAUCGAAACAUGCACUUGCUGUGGAGCCGCUGCAGGAAGGCGAGGAGGUGACAGACACAACAGGAAAGAAAUGGAAGCUGGGGAAACCGCUCAAUCAGAGUACAACAGAGAUCUUCUAUGAAGUUCUCCAAACAGCUGCAAGAUCAAAUUCCAAGGAAACACAUCACAUCCUCAAACUGGGAGCCAAAGAUGGAAGAAUCUUCAAUGAGCAGAACUUUCUGCAGAGAGCUGCCAAACCUGCAUCUGUGGAAAAGUGGAUCAAACUAAAUAAAAUGGAUUUUCUGGGGAUUCCUUCCUGCAUUGGCUUCGGUCCUCAUGCUGAUUCGUACAGGUUUCUCAUUUUUCCCAACAUGGGUCAGUGUCUCCAGUCAGUCAUGGGGGAAGAAGAGAAGCUGUCUGAGAAAACUGUUCUUCAGCUCGCCUGUAGAAUAUUAGACGUGCUGCAGUACAUCCAUUCAAACGAGUACGUUCACGCUGAUAUAACUGCAGAAAACAUUUUCAUCAAACCAGAAGAGAAAUCUCAGGUGUACCUGGCAGGAUACUACCAUGCCUUCAGGUAUUGUCCAGGUGGACAGCAUGUGGAAUACCGUGAAGCCAGCAGAACGCCACACGAGGGCACCACAGAGUUUAUUAGUCUGGAUGCACACAAGGGAGCAGCUCCAUCUCGACGCAGUGACCUGCAGUCUCUGGGUUACUGCAUGCUGCACUGGCACACAGGCACCCUGCCCUGGACCACACUCAGUAACCCAGACCAGGUCGCCACCCAGAAACAGAAGUACAUGGAGGACGUUCCUGCUCUGUUGAGUCACUGCUUUGGGAGGAAAAGAGUUCCCAAUGUGUUUGAAAGCUACCUGACUACAGUGAUGGCUCUGCAGUACACUGAGCAGCCGGACUACUCAGUGCUGAAGGACAAACUGAGUGAUGCUCUGCUGGAGCAGGGGGGGUCACUGGAGCAGCCGCUUAGCUUUUAGGGAAGGACACUCAGGAGUACAGAAACAAACACAACCACAUGGUUCUGUCUAAUCAGCAGCAUAUUCUGGUUUUACAUCAUAGAAUUGAUUCUGUUAAUAUUAAGAUUUAUGUUUCAAUUGAGUCGUUAUAAUGAAAGCCUUUGCACUCACAUUAUUCUUUGCAUUUCAAACUGGAUGUUGACACCGUAUUCUUCUAAAUCACACGUUUACCAACACCCAGCAGUUGUGUUUCCUCUAGAGAGAGAUGGUAGAAGGAGUGCAGCUAUCUCUGCUGAGUUUACAGGAAAAAAAGGCACUGUGGGCCGCACUCGCACUGGGUGUUAAAACUUUAAAGCCCAAGUUCAGUUAAAUAAACAAAUUUAAAGUUCAGACUGAGCCCAACAUACAAACUGAUCAUUAAGGACACUGCAUUAUUUGUCUAAUUUACACUUAUUAUUAUCAUUUAAAAAACUAAGCUCUGUAAGAUUUCUGCCUAAAUCUGCUGCAGCUUUUACAUGAAAUGCUGAUUACAUGGAACCAAAAGACACAUUUUACUCAGUGGAAAAAUUAUUCACUAAAAGUGAGGGGAACCUGUCACUGUGCCAUCCAUUUAUAACAUGACAGCCCUGUGAGGAGUGUUAAAGAACUAAAACAUCAGUGUGUUUGUGUGGUUAAAAAUAUUCACUUAUGUCUAUUUUACUUUCAUAGAAGUUCAGCAAAAAGAAGAAGAUGAAUUGUUUUUAGCUAGUUUUUAUCAGUUUGAUGUCUCGUUGCACUGAAGGGGAAGAGUUCUUUGAGUUAAACAUGCAAAGGUCAUUUUAAUGGGUUUUAAUCUGUAUUAAAGCUUAAAGCACUUGAUGUGUUCUGGUUUCUCACAAAAUGUGCUGCAAGUUUACACAUUUCAGGGUCAACUUGAAUGGGUGAUGGUUUUAUGGACUGUUUUCGGUGAAAUGAAUACUUAAAUAGUAAAAAGUGUCACAUGUGCUCUUCCAACUUGCUGCUUGUUCCAGCUGUUUUCUGUUUGAAGUGUUUUAAUAAAAGUUUGUUUGCAUGAA